CAGAUCAUAGGGAGCAGAGCCCGGGGAUGCACGCAACGCGAGCAUCGCCUCAGUCAGUCAGCGGCGCCGCAGCUGUCCUCCCCUCUCUCUUCUCCUCUCUCUCUCCAUUUCUUCCCUUCCAGGCUGCAUCGUUUAGGAGCGCACGCGACGCAGCGGAGGAGCUCGAGGAAACGCGUCGCCCCCUGCGCCCCCCCUCGGAUUCCUCACAUUCCCUCCUGAUUGUUGGAUUAUCGGAGGCAGAGAGAGGGGCUGCGCUGCGCUGCGCUCGUCCGAUCCUGUCCGAGGCGGCCAGAUGUGAUUUCUUCUCCCGGAGCAAAGAGCGCCUUCUUCCUUUUUUUCUUUCUUUUUUGUUCUUUUUCUCUCCCACCAAAAGAGUUGCAGUGUGUUGAGUGAGAAAUGCUUCUGAGCCACUGAAUCUAACGGAUACUGGACUUACAACUCAAGCAGGUUGAUGAAGAGGAAAAAAUCUGCAUCAUAGCAGCUAUUAAAUUCUUUUAUUCAACGGAGAGCAUUCCAUUCAGAAGCAAUUGGAUGAGAUACUCAUUAGUCCUGGACAACUGAAGAUGAUGUUACCAUGGAAACAAAUUGUUCUGCUAUCAAUCACCGGAUGGCUUGCAGCUUGUACAGAGGAUGUCAUAUUUCAAGGGCCAAGAUGGAGGACAGAGCCUGGUGACCUCAUUUUACCAAUCAACACCCCGGACCACCAGGCAACUAUUGCCUGUGAGGCGGAAGGGAGCCCGCGGCCUCAGUACAGAUGGUCACUAAACGGAACGCUCAUUGAUCUGGGGAGCGACUACCGGCGUCACAUGUCUGGAGGCAGCCUGAUCAUUAGGAACCUGGACAAGGACCAAGACAGCGGGAUGUACCAGUGCACGGCUUUCAACAUGCUGGGCUCCAUCCUGAGCCACAGAGCCAGCAUCCAGUUCGCAUAUCUUGACAGCUUCAAAACGCAGUCGGUGAGGAGUGCAGUGAACGUCCGUGAGGGCCAAGGAGUGGUUCUUUUAUGUGGGGCUCCCCCACAUUCUGGAGAGCUGACAUUUGCGUGGAUCUUCAAUGAAUACCCGUACUCCGUCCAACAAGACAGCCGAAGAUUUAUCUCCCAAGAGACCGGGAGCCUUUAUAUAGCCAAAGUGGAGCCCUCUGAUGUGGGCAACUACACUUGUGUGGUGAACAACACAGUCACAAAACAGAAAGUUCUCAGCUCCCCAACACCCCUCGUCCUCAGGAGUGACGGUGUAAUGGGUGAAUAUGAGCCUAAAAUAGAAGUUCAUUUUCCAGAUUCAGUUCCAGCUGCAAAAGAAUCCGUGGUCAAACUGGAAUGUUUUGCUCUGGGAAACCCUGUCCCAGAAAUAAGCUGGAGGAGAACAAGUGGUGUCCCUUUCCCCAGCAAAGUCAAAAUGAAGAAUUCAAAUGCCAUCCUUGAAAUACCUAAUUUUCAGCAGGAAGAUGCAGGGAUGUAUGAGUGCAUCGCAGAGAACCGGAGAGGCAAAAAUGCUGCUCGAGGUCGGAUUUCUUACCAUGCUAAACCUCAGUGGCUCCAGACAAUAACAGACACGGCUCGGUCCAUCGAGGAGAAUCUCUUCUGGGAGUGUAAGGCCAAUGGAAAGCCAAAACCGUCCUACAGCUGGCUGAAGAAUGGCGAGCAAAUGGUGACUGAGGCCCGGGUACAAAUUGAAAACGGAGCCCUCUCCAUAACCGCGUUAAACCUAUCAGAUUCCGGGAUGUAUCAGUGUGUGGCUGAAAACAAACAUGGCAGUAUUUAUUCCAGUGCCCAGUUAAUGGUGUUAGCUUCCGCUCCCAGUUUCUCCAGAAGUCCAUUAAAGGCCUUGCUAAAAGCUCGCUCAGGCAGCGAAGUCACUCUGGAAUGCAAGCCUCAGGCCUCGCCCCCAGCAAUUAGCUUGUGGAAGAAGGGGAACGAGAUUCUGCAGAGAACCGAAAGGAUCACUCUGCUGCCAAAUGGAACUUUAAAAAUUGCUAACGUAACCAAACGGGAUGCAGCUAGCUACACGUGCAUCGCCAAAAACCAGUUUGGAACAGCAAGUGCAACUGGGAAGCUCCUCAUCACUGAGCCCACCAGAAUCACUAUGAGGCCCACUAACAUGGAGAUUAUUGUUGGCGAGAGCAUCGUGCUGCCCUGCCAGAUCACUUCUGAUCCAGCUCUGGACGUCUCCUUCUCAUGGGCGUUCAACGGCCAGCUCAUCGACUUCCAGAGAGAUGGUGACCACUUUGAAAGAGUGGGUGGGACUGUAUCAGGGGACCUGAUGAUCCGCAACAUCCAGCUGAGCCAUGGAGGGAAGUAUGUGUGCGUCGUCGACACAGACGUGGAGAGCCUGUCCACCUCUGCCAUCCUGGUUGUCAAAGGUCCUCCAGGCCCUCCGGACAAAGUCUCAGUGGAGGAAAUCACAGACAGCACAGCCCAACUGUCCUGGAUUCCUGGUAGAGACAAUGGCAGCCCCAUAACGGGCUACAUCGUUCAGGCUCGCACACCGUUCACUGUGGGCUGGCAGGCCAUAGACACUGUCCCAGAGGUUGUCAAUAGCAACAUGCUAACUGCCACUGUGGUUGGUCUGAAUGCCUGGGUGGAGUACGAGUUCAGGGUGGUGGCCCGGAAUGUUGUGGGCCUCGGAGAGCCAAGUCCAGCUUCCGCCAAGACCAGAACAGAAGAUGCUAUUCCUGAUACAGCUCCCACUGAUGUUGGCGGUGGAGGCGGCACAAAGUCUGAAUUAGUGAUAAUAUGGGAGCCUCUGCCUGAAGAACUGCAGAAUGGCGACGGCUUCGGCUACAUUGUGGCCUUCAGGUCAGCUGGCGCCGUCACCUGGACGCGGGCGGUGGUCUCAGCACCCACUGUGUCUCGCUAUGUGCUUCGCAACGACACCAUCCCGCCCUUCUCGCCGUUCGACAUCAAGGUGGCAGCCUACAACAACCGUGGGGAAGGGCCGUUCAGCUCCAUAGCCACGGUGUAUUCGGCGGAAGACGUCCCCAGUGUGGCUCCGGAGAAGGUGAGGGCCCGGAGUUUGUCGGCAGCAGAGAUUGAAGUGAUAUGGGAAACUCUCCCUUUUCUCCCAGAAAGAAUUCUUGGAUAUGAGGUGAUGUACUGGGAAGACGAUACCAAGCCUGACACUGUAGGCAAAGUGCGGAUAACAGGGAACUACACACAUGUUAACAUCACGGGGCUAAAAGCCAACACGGUGUACUACCUCUCUGUGGCUGCCUUCAACACGGCCGGGCCCGGGCCUCAGUCACUGCCCAUCAACAAUACCACCAGGAAACCACCGCCAGACAGGGCUCCGCUCAACAUACAAUGGAGCAUGAUUGGGUCCUCGCUAACUCUGCACUGGGAUCCCGUAGUUGCCACAGAGACCGAGUCAAAGGUGACUGGAUAUCUGGUGAUACUAAAGAGACACCGAUACAACGACAUCCACACCACCUUCACCAACAGAACCUCAGCCGAGCUCAGCCUCUCGGCCGGCGACAACUAUCUCAUCCAGAUCAAGGUUCUGAGCGAAGGCGGCGAAGGCAUGGGCAGUGAACCUAUACACAUCCACAAAUUAAGCAUGGGAGCUCGGGGUUCUGGAGCCAGCGGUCUCAGACGGUUGUCUUGCUCUUUGGUCCUUAUUGGUGCAUUGUUAUGCUCCAUCUGGUGAUGUCACGCCUCUGCCUCUGUCAUCCCUUCAUUUAGCUUAAAACCCCUAAGAUGGAUAAAGAUAAAGAACUUUGUUUAAAUAGCCAUCCAAAAGACAAGUGACGAAUCACUUGCAUGAUUGAUUUUUUCUUGCUUGCAACUUCUUUGUUUGUCAAAAAAGUGCCACCGUCCUCAAGAUUUAAUUUUCGAAGUUGCUUAUGUGUCCCAAAUUAACCUUGACUCAUGAUUUUGGAGAUGGAAUUGCCUUAAAGUCCACUUUGAUGAAAUGGUCCACACCAAAGUAGGUAACAGCAGCUGCUCCAACCUUAAACAAGCAUGUUUAAAAAAUAAUAAUAAUUAUCAUCACAGUGCAGUUUACAUAUUAAUCAUUUGCUGCACCCAUAAUUGAGCUUGUCAGGUUAACGUAAAAGCAUUCAUUCAGAGCAUGUGGUUCACCAAACUAAUGGUAAUGCCUUGGAAAACUAGUCACCCCCUUUGAACUUUUUCUAAUUUUGUCAGAAAAUCAAUCAGUAUGUGUUUAUUAAUAUCUCAUUUGACAGACUAAACAAGUGCAGCACGUUAAAUAGAGGGAACUUGAUAAAUUACUUUCAAAAACUUACUACUCAAAAACUCACUGAUAUGAAAAUUUGGGUCGAUAUCUGAUAUUAAUGUUGCCAGUGGCAGUUAAGGAUAUUGCUGGGAAGCUCUUAAUGAACCCUUGAUAGAUAACUCGAUGCUUUUUUUGCAUCGUGUUAGCUCAAUGCAAAAAAAGCAUGACCAGCUGACCAUCAGUCAGUCGACUGACCGUCGGUCAGUUGGGCUGGAUGAGAUUCGUCUUUACCACUUGUGUUGGGACCCAUGCAACGUUACGUGCAUUUUGGGCAAAAAAGCUCUACUACAUUUAACCAUAAAAUGUGUAAUUUUCUUCUGUACGUUCUCAUGAUGCAAGUCUUAAAUUGCAUUCAUACUGGUCUUAAAAAGUCUGAUAUUUACUCCACUCCCCAGUUAUGUGCUGCUUUGUGUUGGGCUAUUUCAUAAAAUCUGAACAAAAUAUUAAUGUGACAAAUUUAAAAAAAUAAGAAAAAAAAAACAUCAAGGGGUUUGGAUACUAUUGCAAGGUGCUGAAGUCAUAUCAAUUGCAGCUCUGAAAAGCUUUCCCAGGCUUUGUCAAAUAUACGAAUGCUGCAUAAUUGAUCAGCUGUGCCUGAAACCCACUUAUCUCUGACGACUUAAAUAUUAAAUCUGUUAGAGUCACAGGCUCGUGAGCUUUAGACCCCUUCCACAACACUCUGAUAGAUCUUGGCAUUUUGCUCUCCAUCUCAUGCUCCUCUAAAUAAUUAAUGCCUAUCACACUCUGCAUUCUAAAUCCAGUGGGAAAAUAAAAAGCAGGAGUGUGGAGUAGCUCCAUCGAGCUGAUCUCUCCUGUACCGUUCCAUCUCUACAUGGAAAUGGCCGAUGUUCUACGACGAGCACCUGCAGCUGCGCACAAUGGACCGCCAGAUAACAGUGCCUUCACUAAAGCUUUGCCCCAGCAUUUUUCUUUCUCCCUUUUAGAUAGAGUACAGAAGGAUUGAUGUUGCGACAGGGGAAUUGUUUGCUUUUCUGAAGAGUAUUGCCAACAAAAGACAGGAGGCUGAGCAUGUAAGAAGCAGGCCCUCAUCAGAAAAGGCUGAUUAAAUUUUCAUCAGGCCAGGGAGCAUCUUUGAUGAAAAAAAAAGGUCGGCCGAUUUACAAAAGCUUCAAUAGAUUUCAAUUUUCGGUCAUAGUGUUGACGACCUGGAGCAUAAUAAACAUGUGACUCCAUCCAUAUCAUAAUUUAGGAGCUUUUUAUGUAUGGGUUAAUGACAGGGUCUUGACUGUAAGUGGUGUGCAAGGUGUAGCUGUUUAAAAUCACAGCCAGCCCCACAUUUUACCUCCAUGUGUUGGACUCACUGGGCUGAAGAGUUAGCAUAGGAACCUCAGCUUAGGAAGCCCCUGUUUUCCAGCCUGUCGUCAUCUGAACUGGAACCAAGGUUUCGUUUGGUCCGGGCAACGUCAGUCUGGAAGGAUGGACGGUUGAACUUUGAAAAUUGAAUUAUUGUGCCUUUGCCAAAUGUUGGGGUUAUGUAUAGUCCUAAGCUUACAGCCUUUUUUUGUUUUUGUCUGGAUUUUGAACUUUGUAACCCUCCCAAAAAACCCCAAACAGUCAAACAGAAGCACAAGGAUUUGUUAGCGACUGGAAGUUAUCACGUAAACGUCUAAACAAGUGUUGUGGGACACCAGAGGAAUCAUAAAGCUCCGCACAGCCGAUGUGAUCGGCUGUUGUAUCUGCUCCUCUGACUGGAUUCAUUAAACUCUGCGCUCGUUGAUUAGACUCCUACAGACCAGUCAAUGGGUUAUUGAUUUUCCUAGCCCAUUAUUGCGGUUGUCACAAUUCAGCCGUUUGACUGAUUGAUGGCCGAGCCCUUAUGCACCUGUUCUAUUGUGUUGCAGUCUGUAACGUUUUAAAUGUUUUCCACCCUAUACACUUCCUCUUUCCUUUUUUUUUUGACGAUUUUGAAGUCAUUCUUUUUCUUUUAUUGUUUUUGCGUUGAACAGAAAAAAUCCCAUUCCAGGUUAUUUUCUCAGAUUUUUUUUGGAAGCUCUUGUAUACUGUUCCAUCAGGCAUAUUUUCAAUACAUUAGUCACUCGUGAAUUGGAGAAUUGACCUGAAAUCGACUAUCUAAUUGGCUCUUUUGACUUAUAUGUUAUAACAAAUCCAUCAGUAGCUGCGCAGCUAUUACAUUUUGAGCUUUAGACGCUUUCCACAACACUCUGUAUUAAAAACUCUACAUUAGUUUUUGAUAGCAGUGUACAAAAAAACAAUUUCACAAUUGCAGUGUUUCCAUUAAAUAAGACACGCAAUGAAAAUCACACAUUAAUAAAUAGGUUUACGUGAUAAAUCAUUAAAAAAUAUGCAGCACCAUCCUCCUCCAACUACUUCAUGUUGUUUUCUUCAUGGCUUGUGCCAGUGCCAACAUCUGGUUGUUGAUUAUUUGACCCGUGUGAGGAGAAAAAAAAUGUUUCUAUUUAAGUUUUGAGAAAUACACCAAUUUUGAUACAUCUAAAAACCCACCUCAUUAUAGUACCAAAACUAGUUUUUUUGAAAUUGCCAUUUCUGCAUCAUGCAAAUUUAUUUUCCAAAUGUCAAAUUGCACAAUUCUAAUAGAAACACAGCUACUGUUCUCUUACGAUAGUAGAGCUGUUUUUAAUAUUGUCAGUAGUAUAUGAAGCGAGUCACACUAGGACUUUAAAACUGUAACAUCCACCUUUAGACUGGUUUUGUCCAAUGAAAUAAAGUUGUUGUUUUUUUUUAACCUUCAUUCAUGUUUUUGAAAGAUUUGAACAACUGACAAUCGAUCACACUAAUAUUACUAUGCAUCUUGUAAAACCUAUUUUAAUUCAACUCUAAAUAUUCAUGCACUGCUAUAUUAAUAAUCAGUAUCUUGUUUUAUUCAAUAUAUGGAUUUAAUUUCAGAAUACCAUAACUGCUAAUAAGCUUUAUUAACCUUCAGCUUGUAAGUCAAUUAGCACCAUAAUAUUUCUUUGUUAGUGUAGCAAUGAGUUUUUUUUCAGUAAUGCAUGCUCCAUCAAGUGUGGGUUGACUUAUCUGGUGAGAAUUCACUCUAAGUGUGCUCAAUAUUUAGUCAGUAUUGAGCACACAUAGCAUUUUUUCAUAAUUUUUGGGUUUAAAUCUCAAAAUGGGUAUGUAAGUCAUAGAAUAUUUUCUUCUCAUUCUUUUUAACUGUCCAAGUGACCUUAAUAUUCUGUUUUACAUCUCAAAGUUGCUGUCACACAAACAACAGAAAAAUGAAUCUCAUAAAAAGAAUUGUUUUUAGCCAGCUUGAUGUUUGCCUGUGUAUUAACCUGGAUACACGGGCAAACAACUUCAGGACUAUUUCUUUCCUUACUUCAAAAUACAGGUCUCAAAAAGACAAAACUGAAACAGCAGCUUCAGUUUUUCAAGAAAUAAUGUGGCUUUUUAGGAUCACAAAAUCUUAUGCUACAUAAUCUACAUCUCAUAGCAAAUCUGCUCUUUGUUUCCAGAUGGAAGUCCAACCAUGAUCUUCCAAACCUAAACAGCCCUGCAAACAUUAAAAAUGUAUAAUUCAACCACCAGAUGUGGUCAGUUUGUUUGUUUAGCUUCAUUUUAUUUUCUCUUUUCUUCAUACUUUGUUUUCUGAUAUUAAUUUCUGCUAAGUACAGCUCAACAUCAACAUUUGACACUGUACAGUUUUCUUUUGUGACUCGGCUUCAAAGCUCUUUGAUGAAAGUGGUCUAUUGAAUUUCCAAAGGAAGUACCUUAAGUGUCAAAUAGUAUGUUCAUAUUUUACAUUGUGCAACUGUAGGCAGAAUUUUUUUGCAAUGAUUUUUUUGUUAAAACAUAGUUGUAGUUAAGCCUAAUGUCUUUAAUGUGUUCUCAUGCUCAAAUAAGAUUUUUUUUUUUCCUGGCCUUUUGCUUUAAUUAAUGCUACAAUGUACAAUCUAAAAGAAAGAAAGUGAUCAGUCAGCUUUAUGGGUUAAAACUAAAAUUAUUACAGAGAAGCAAGAUGUCUAUUAAUGUCCACAAGGUCCAUACAGAUAGUUAGUUUCUGUGGUUGGAAUGGAAGAGACAGUAUAUAAUGUAUAUAGCUUGCAUAUGAUUUUUAAAACCUGGCCAUCAAAGACAACCUUACUUCUUUUAUAUAGUGUGUUCUCUGGCUUUAAUACUGAUGUAUUAAUCAAUGAUCUCUGUGAGAUACUGACAUGUAGAGUGGCAUUUUCAUAUUGAAAAGUAACUGUAUUGUCUUGUAUACUAAAAUUGUGCAUGGUAAUAAUUAUUAAUUUGUGUUUUUUUUCUAUAACUGUAACUUAGUAAAAAUGUUUAUUUCAACCAA